UGUCGUGUUGCUUUGUAUUUACUGUGAAUGCCCACAAGAAAACGAAUCUCGGGUUUGUGCACGGUGACGUGUGUACUCCCAUAACAAAUUUAUUUUGAACUUUGGUAAUCUGGUUUCUUCACCGCGCCCCCAGCCCAGAGAAGUGUAGACACCUCGGGGUAGUGAGGGACAGACGCACGUCCUCAGAUGUGAGCAAAGAGGAAAUGGGGAGGUCUGAUCCCGGGGAGGGAGGAGGAGGUGAAGGGAUGGCGCCCUGGCAUCAGGAGCCGGUCUCUCAGUCCUCUUCCUCCGGGCUGCUCCUGUGUGUGACCGUCUGUGCUUCACGAGCUGCUGCUUCCCCCCUCCACCCACACCAUCAACCCCCAGGCUCUGACUGCUUUCACCACCGUUGCGUCUUUUCCCUUUAAAUCUCCCCCGGAGCCCUUAAAGGAGCCUCAGGGGCCCUAAGGUGGGGCUCCAGAGCUCAUUGGCUGCUGUUGAUACCGAAGAAGAGGCCAGGGAGCCGGAGCUGACUGCUGUUUCCCUGUAGAGCCUGCGGGCCACUGCCGUCGGGGGAUGAGACACACUGUUUCCCGCAGUUGCUGUUGACUCUGGCACGCCAACUCUCUCUUCCCCCCCCUCUCUCUCUGUGUCUGUCCGCCUCCCUCUCUCUCCCCUUCCCCGCACAGAGCCAGGGAGCCCUGCAGGACUAAGAUGGAACCUGGGCAAGUGGUGGUGGCCCUGCCGCCGGAUCCGAGGCUGGAGCCCACGACGGUCAAAGAGGAGAGGCCGGACCUGGGUGGUCCACUCUUUGUCAGUGGUGUGGUCUCUGGGCUGGACAGGGCGACUGCAGCGCCUGGGCCAUCGGUCUCCGGGGAAGCCAGGGGGCCGAGGGAGCGGCGUGGCCGAGCUCUGCGCUAUCCCAGCCGCAGCCACCGACGCAACUACCAGGAGCGCUGGCGGCUGGAGUACCUGAUGGACUACGACCGGUGGCGGCACGGCCUGGUCUGCAUGGUGUGCGGGGCCACGCUGGCCACCCUCAAGCUCAGCACCAUCAAGCGCCACAUCCUGCAGAGGCACCAGGCCUCGCUGCUGCUGACCCGCAGUGAGAAGGAGGCGGUCAUCGCCGGCUGGGAGGAGCACUUACUGGGCCGGAGCUACCUGCAGGAGGGGCUGCCCGUCCCCGGGCUCGGCCCCAGUCAGCACCCAGGGCCAGCGGAUCUCGCCCCAGACGCCUCCUCGCCACCCAUGGAUGUCAUCCCACCGCCGCCCCCUGUCCGUGAUCCCUCCCUGCCGCCGUGCAAAGCUCCGGCGAGGCGAGGCCGCCCGCCCGGGAAGAAGCCGAGAGCCAAGGCCAAGGCCAAGCCACCGCCGCCCGUCAGCCGGCGCCAGGGCCUGGGCGGCCCGUCCGCCAAGCGGGUGAAGCGCUACUACCAGGAGCGCUGGAGGAGCGAGUACCUGAUGGAGUACGACGGCCUGCGGCACGGCCUGGUCUGCAUGGUGUGCGGCAGCUCGCUGGCCACGCUCAAGCUCAGCACCAUCAAGCGCCACAUCCUCCAGAAGCACCAGGCCUCGCUCAGCCUGUCGCCCCGCCAGAAGGCCGUCGUCAUGGCAACCUGGGCGGAGCACCCGCUCAACCAAUCGCGGCGCGACGCCGGGCGGCCAGGGGCGGGGCCCGACGGCCUCCACCAACCCUACGGCCAAUCUCGGGUUGACGAGCAGGAGGAGGCGGCGCCCCCGGGCGGGUACCAGACGCUGGCGGGGCUGGACCAAUCGCAGAUCGAGAUGCCUCAGGCGGCCCCUGGUCUGGCAGGCUUUCCGCCAAUGGCGAACCGAUUCCAGCAAGAAGAGGCGGGGCAGAUCCAGCAGUUGCAGAUAGGCGAGCCGAUCUGUCUCAUGAACCAAUUGGACAUCGGGUUCCACGAGAGCGCUGAGGCCGCGGUUCAUUUCAACCGGCCCCAUUUCAACCAAUCAGAGUUCGAGAUGCUGAAACUGGAGGUGGAGCCAGCUGCAAGGUUCCUCCAAUCACACGGGCGGUUUCAUCGAUCCGAGUCAUCCCAGACCCUCAGCCAGUCACAGAUUCCCGUCGAGCCGAGAAGGGCGGAGCCUGCGCCCCCUCCAGGUUCCCCGCUGCGCUCCGGGCCCACCGAGCCCGGUCCCCCGGUCAAGGCGGAGGCUCGUCCGGCACUCCGGCCGCCCCCCCCCACAGACUCUGCCGCCGGGCGGGGCGGCCGCGGAGCCCGCCGCUCCUUCCAGAGCCGCUGGCGGGCCGAGCACCUGAUGGACUAUGACCCGCAGCGCCGCCGGCUCCUGUGCAUGGUGUGUGGCCAGUCGCUGGCGGCCCUCUCCGUCCGCGCCAUCCGCCGCCACGUCCUGAGCAGCCACCCCCACUCCCUGCACCUGAACCGGGCCGAGAAGGAGAACAUUCUGGAGGCCUGGGGCGAGCAAGGCCGGCCCCAGGAGGCGGAGCCCAAGCCCGAGCCGCCCGCUCCCGCCCGCCGCUACCAGGAACGCUGGCGGGCCGAGCACCUGAUGGACUACGACCCGCAGCGCCGCCGGCUCCUGUGCAUGGUGUGCGGCAAGUCGCUGGCCGCCCUCACCCUCGGCUCCGUCCGCCGCCACGUCCUGCGCAGCCACCCCCACUCCCUGCACUUCAGCCCCGCCGCUCGGGAGGACAUCCUGCAGGCCUGGAGCAAGACGGUGUCCCAGCAGCGGACGAGGAGCGUCGCAGCACCGGGGCCCGCCGGCCUGCGGCACCAAGCGGCAGCGGUGGAGUCAGCGGGCAGGGACCUGGGCGACCUGGGGGAGCGGCUUGAGGUCGGGGUGCCGACCCCGGUGGAGAUCGAGGUCUACGUGGACGAGCCGGAGAGCCGGCCGGCGAGCCAGAGGCGGAAGCCGGGCCGGGACCACCGACGCAACUACCAGGAGCGCUGGCGGCUGGAGUACCUGAUGGACUACGACCGGUGGCGGCACGGCCUGGUCUGCAUGGUGUGCGGGGCCACGCUGGCCACCCUCAAGCUCAGCACCAUCAAGCGCCACAUCCUGCAGAGGCACCAGGCCUCGCUGGGCUACAGCCUCACCCAGAAGGUGCUGCUGGCCCAGGAGUGGGACAGGAAGAUGCAAGUGAUGGCCAGGGUGGACGUCUGGCACCUCCCCGGCAUCCCAAACCAGGAAAGCCCUCCCAGCCAGCCCGGAGCGCUAGGCUCAGGGGGCGACUAGGGGAGGGGCAGCUCCUUCCUGUCCCUCAACGUCCCAUCCCUCCCUCCCUCACCCAUUUCUUCCCCUCCCCUCCUUUCCCCCUUCUCCCACCCCUCCCUGCUUCCCUCGACCCCUCUUCCCUCCUCCCCUCGUCUCCACUUCCUACCCCUCUCACCUUGCACCAUUCCUCUUUUCCCCUCCCUCGCCCUCCUUCCCUCCCCUCCCCCUCCUUCCUCUCCUGUCCCCUCCCAGCAUCCCUCAUUUCCCCCCCCUCACCCUCCUCCCCACCCCUUCUGUUCCUCCCCUCGCCUCCAACCUGCGGCCACUUGGAUCAGCCGAGUGGUCCCUCCCAGCCUCUGGUGUCGGUAGGACGCGUAAGGCCCCGGGAUCAGAGCUCGGCUCGCGGUGGUGGGGGGGGGGGGGUGGUCACAGGAUGGGUGGCAGGAACACGCUGUCGAUUUGGGAGGGGGAUUUGCCCUGACGCACCUUCCCUGACCAGUGAGGGUAACCGAGCCGCCGAACCUCAGCUCACGGGAGAUUCCACCGGGCGCGUUUCGAGAGUGAACUCUCCCCGGGACGCCUGUCACCGAAGUCACGGAACGCAAUCAAUCCACGGAACUCUCCUGCAGCGGAAUUGUUCAAAUUUAAAUAUAUAUAUAUAUAUUAUAUUAUA